UUCCAACCGUGCACACCUCGCUCCCUACCUGGCCGACAUGUGCCUGAGCCAGCACCCUCACAGCGCCCUCGCCUCGCCACCACUGGUCCGGGACGCCGAAGACGCCAAGGCCUUCACGUCUACCCUGGACGCCAUGGCACGGAGACCUUCGUGGACGCUGCGCGGCGUGUUCAAGCAGCCCUCGAGCACGAACAGGCCUGGUCUGCCCCGCCGCUUCCACACCAAGAUCAACCUCAACGAGUACUGGAACGUCCUCGAGAAGGUGGUCAAGGUGGAGGUGUCCUGGCCACGCACCAAGGAGAACGUCAAGCCGGACGCCGAUGACGCCAUGGACGUGGACAACGCCGUCAACGAGAACCUGGCCAACGAGCGCGCCGAGCAGAGUAAGAUGGACGUGGUCAAGGACGAGCCCACCGAGCCCGAGGUCAUCGCGGCGCCCUCUACCGUCAAGGUCCCCGAGGACGCGGCGGCACCCCCAGCGAAGCGCGCCAAGGGGCGGCGUCGCUCUACGCCCCCCAGCCCCGCCCCCCUCUGCGGUUCGGAGAACGCCUCUCCGUGCGGCAUUCCCUCUCCUUGCCGGCGGGUUCCCCUCGGUGCCCUCAACGGUUUCGCGAGCCGCGGCCACAUCCGCAAGAGCCUCUCGCCGCUGUCGACGUUUGCAGACAACUUGGCCCGCCGACUCGCCCGUCAGCACUGAUUGCUAGAGCCAAGAUGGCGCUCGCCCUUAAACUGUGGUACGAAAGCUUUAAUUAGUUUUUAAGUUAUCUGUACAGCGUAAACGUAAUUUAACUUCUUGUUGGUUAAUUAGGUAGGAGCAUAAGUAUGUGCUCUUUUAUGUUUUGAGAGACAAAUGACUUCAAAUAAUUCUGAUAGUACUUUUAUAUGCCACGUGGUUUCGUCGUCAAUCACCCAGAAGGAUCGCUCUGCCGACAGGCUGAGAAAUUUUGCUGAAAAUUGCUUAAAUUUUGCAUUAUAUUGUGAUUGAAAAUUCUAUACAUGAUUAAGUGGUGCAUUUAACGAUGGAAGAAGACUGCGUGUCAAAUAUUUGCCCCUCGCUUGGAUCAGGUAUAGAAUUUUCAACGACUUUGUUAUGACCUAAAGAGUUUAAAAUGGGAUAUCACACCGAAAAUCAAAGCUGAUAACCCGAUUUAUAUGCGCCAUGCUGUGAUAAAUAAAGAUUAUUUUUGUUGUUUUAGGAUAAAUUUUUUUCAUAAAAACAAAAAAAGGAAAAAAAAACUUUCGAUUGAUCUCUGUCCUUAGAAACUUAAGAUGUUACAAAUAGUUGUCAUAUAAAUAAAAAUGUGUGCUUACAGUGCCAAGAUAUAUUGUAUAGGCUCAACUACAUUGUUUAAUUGCUACCUUGCCUGUAAGAUAGCUUAUAGAUCUACAUUUUAUACAGAAUGAAUGUCGUGUGGUAAAUUGUUGUACGUAAGAAACAUGGAUGGAUAGGUUUACUUUUGUAGCAAUAAUUUAGGAUAACUUGAACUCAGUAAUUUAAGUAAGACUUGAAAGUAGAGCAUCUAAAUAAAGAACCCUGUGAUCUCAUUAGGUACGUUCUCAUAAGUUUAUGAUAAUUAUUGUAAUAGUUCUACGCGGCCAGCAUGCUUUAGACUUAAGGAUCUUGACAAAAAGCUUUACUAGUUGUUUAAGAUUGAUAUG